UCAAAAACAAAAGUUUUAUGUUUUGUACAAUGUGAACUUUGUUUUGUUUUCAAAGUUCAAAACUAUUAUAUCUUGGAAUUAGCUAUUCUGCUUGAUAAGAUAUUGUGUUUUUAUUUAACUAAUCAUAAACAUUUGAACUGUCAACGCUUGAAAAGAUCGCAUUUACAGGAUUUUUUCUUAGUUUUACCUUUUAAAAUGAGUUUAAAAUUGUACUUUGACUUAAUGUCGCAGCCUUCUAGGGCUUUAUACAUUUUAUUGAAAAAAAUAAACUAUCAAUUUGAACCCAAAUAUGUGGACCUUCGAAAAGCUGAACAUUACUCCGAAGAAUUUACGAAAAUCAACAGGAUACAAAGAGUUCCAGUUAUAGACCAUAAUGGAUUUAUUUUGACAGAAAGUGUUGCCAUCUACAACUACCUUUCCCGCGAAGGUAUUAUACCGGACAGUUUGUUCCCGAAGGAAUCGAAGCAGAGAGCAAGGGUUGAGGAGUUUCUGGAGUGGCAUCAUAUUGGUCUGAGACUGCACUGUGCCAUGUUCUUCAGAGUUGUGUACAUGGAUCCAAUACUCUUCAACCGCAAGAACACACCAGACAAGGUGGCCACGUACGAAGGUCGAAUGGAGACGAGCUUGGAAGACUUCGACACCAAGUGGCUGGGGAGGGGGCAUGACUAUGUCGCGGGGGACAGCAUUACCGUCGCCGAUUUGGUAGCGGCCUGCGAGUUGGAGCAACCUAGAAUGGCCGGCUACGACCCCAAGAAGAAGUACUCCAACAUAGCGACGUGGUAUGAGAAGGUUCGCGAUCAUUUCAACCCCUAUUACGACGAGGCGCAUGUUAUAUUGAACAAAGUUGUGGCCAAACAGGCGAAAACUGCUGCGAAAUUGUAACAUAUGAUUGUAUUGUAAAAUAUGAUUGUACAUUUGAUUGUAACAUUCAGUUGUACAUUAAUGAUUGUAAAGUUUGAUUGAAACAUUUUAUCGCACAUUUAUUUGUAAGAGUUAUAUUACAUUUCUCAAUAAUUACACACUCAAUAAUUAGUAUCUACCAUACAGUAAUAUAACAUUUAAUGUAAACUUUAGUGAUGACUUAUAUUCUAGAAUUCCAAUUCCUGAAGGUUGACAGAAAGAGAAUGCUUUUAUACUAUAAAGUCUUCCUGUUAUUUUACCAAUUGUAUUUGUGAACGGAUCGUGGUUAUAGGACUGGUUCUCUCCUAGUAAAGGCUCAGGAGAUAACUGUGUCAUGUCACCUCGCUUCAUUGGUUUAUUGGAGGUUGUCCAAGGCUAUCCUGAGCCGUGUUUAUUAACUAGAAAAUAACGAUGAAAAUACAGAUUUUUUAGCUCGAUGGUAAUUUUUGUGAAAAUUACGGUAUAAGUGUGGGAAGAAUUUUGAUUGUGAUUGCAAUUGUGGUUCCUUUCCAAGGAGGGUGCAAUUGGGAAAGCGUUAGAGUUAAAAUGGGAAAGCGGUUAUCUUUAAAGCCUUAAAGAAUUAACAUUUUGCUUUCCAUCCUACUAAUAUUAUAAAUGCGAAAGUUUGUGAGUAUGUCAGUAUGGAUAUUUGUUACUAUUUCACGCAAAAACUACUGAACCGAUUACGAUGAAAUUUGGUAUGUAGGUAGAUGAAGACCCAGAAUAACAUAUAGGCAUUUAUCCUUGAGUUCCCGCGGGAUUGAUAGGGUUGAACGGAUGAAGUCGCGGCCUCUAUUUUCAAUAUAAAUGAUGAGGUGGCACUUAAACUACACCUUCACAAUUAUUAUUUAUUUUUAACAAGCUUUUGCCUCCUACUUCGCCGUAAAAGUUCAUUGAAAAAGCUGACCCCCUUAAUUGCUCAUUAGAGUGAUGGAGGGAGAAAAUUUUGUAUACCAGUAUUUAUUUAUUUAAACUUUAUGCACGUAAAAUAUACAACAGGUGGACUUAAUGCCACAAAGCAUUCUGUGCCAGUCGAACCUUUGGACCAAACUGAGAUGGAUGUACGGGUGGUGCAAUUUAGUUGGACUAAGCUUAACUGAUCUAAAAAACAGUAUUCAAAUCGGAAUGCGUACGUGUCAAUUUACGUGCCGGGCACUAGCUGUAAGAAAAUAGUGACGUAAAAGCGUCGCCUACAAGGAUAUUAUUUCAUACAACGUAGUUUUUGCUUCCAUUAUUUCCAACACUUUACAUUGGAUUUCCUUAGACUUUUGUGCAAAGAACAAAAAAGGUAUCUUAGUAUUAAAGGAAUUAAAGAUAAUUAUAAAAUUUUCUUACUGUAUACGCAUGCAUUUUAAAAGUUCAUUUAUUUACUGUUGUCUUUUAAUAAAUUUUUAAACGUGAAUAGGUAACGGGUAUAAGGAAUAAGUUUAUUUUUUUUACACAUAUCGCAAUUUUU